UUGUUUGACAGCAGUCUAAUGUAUUUUUUUGUCGGAGUUGGGUGCUUGUUCAACGGAUAUUAUUAUUUACCUAUUUAUGGAUUCAAGUUUAGUUUACUAUAAUUUUUCAGUGACCAGAAUGAUAUAGUUUUUAAUUCUGCGCGUUAAACUCAUUAUUUAGUGCUACAAAAUUUUGUGUCGCAUCAAUGGCUUCUACACCUAAGCAAGUCAAUGGAUCCAAUAACGGCCUCUUGGGAAAGCGGAAGAAGCCGAAGCGUACUAAGGGAUCCUAUUUAACGAAAUGGUUGGAUAAAACAAUGCAGCACAUUCAAGAUGCGACACCAAGUAUGGACACUUACGAGCCUUUUGUAAAUACAAACUCAAACUGGCCAAUUACUCAGUUCGCGCCGGGCUACGAGCCAUGUAGAUAUAACAUGUAUGGAUGUGCUGAACCGAUGUCGCUUCCUACGUUACCUACAUACUACAACCCUGCAAUGCCACCUUUCUACAACCCUGAAUAUAGAUACCAGCCUGUUGAUAAGAGUGUACAAGUCCAAAGACCUCGGCCACGGCGAUGCAUGGAUCAGAAAGCAGAAGAAGUGAACACUCCCCCUAAUAGCACUCUGAGUAACAUGAAUUAUUUACAACCAAAGAAUUUUACUGAUAGUCAAGACUAUGCGAGCUUACCACCGAUCGUGACGUCAGUUGGCGACACAAAUUCUAACAGUGACUUGCAUACUAAUGAUAAGGAUGACUGUAGCAACACUAGGAGAUUUAGUGACCCCUGUGUUCGGGGGUUGCCGGAUGUGGCGAGGCCUAAUGGAGAAGUAGAGUCAGAUUCUGAAUCAAACUCUAGCUUUUCUGGCAGCCAAAUUGGCAGCCGCUUAUUAGGACAUUUACUAGACCAAAUAGCUUCACUGAAGUUGGCAAACGACAGACUGAAUAAAGAAUUAUUUGACACUAGAGCUGAACUGGAGGGCAUUAGGCAACACAAUGUUAUCCUCCAAAAAGGACAAAGUUCGAGUGUUGGAGCCACCCCCAGCCACCCACACCUCAAUGACAAUGGUGUGACCGGCGGCCAUUAUUCCCCCGGUUUUCUGGCAGACCUGGUCCGGGAGAUUCGCGACGCGGCUCGUGUCCGCGAGGAGGCGCUGUACUCCAGGGUGCGGGCUAUGGUCAUCGAGAGGACCGAUAGUGGUUUGGCGUCCUCAGAAGCGAAAUACCAUGAGAAAACUCUUGAAGAGGUCAAGAGUUCUCUGCGUGCUUCGGAUGCGGACAAGCGACGCAUGAUGGAUCGUAUAGUGAAGCUGGAAGAUGACAUCCGACACCUCAGAGUGAGCAGCGGAUUCGAAUCAAACGAAAAUAAAUCGAACGGCAACAUCGAAGACGGGGAGACCGAGCGGGUGCGCUUGCGCAAGGAAGUCGCGGACAUGCGUAGGGCUAAGCAGCAUGCGGAGGACCACGCCCUCAAGUAAGUUGUAGACUAGAACGCCUAGUGACGCAACUCCGUUCGAAAUUCAAUGGGCUCCAAAUAACGAACGGGCCAGAUUCCCUGCCGUCAGACAUCGACGACGCUACUCGCCCGCGUCGGACGAGCGUCAACUCGUCCAACUCGACCGUCGUCUUCGGGCCAGUCACAGAUUUGUAGCGAAUGGAACCGGCGCGUGUGGUGUGCGCUUUAGCCGCAGAUCUGUUCUGGUCCUUACUUUAUAGGUUAAAGAAUUGAUUGUAGAAUUUGUACUGCCCCAUUUCGGAAACGAUUCGUCGUUUCUUUUGCUUAUUCCGAAAAUGUAUUUCUCGGAAUUAUUUUCAAAAAAUAUAUCAGAUACUAAUUUUUAAAAAUUUAACUAUUAAAGUCAGUUUAGCUUUAUCACUGAUGGAUUUGAUUACCUUUUAUCAUUCUACAUAUUCAAAUCAUUUAUCAAUGCACGAACACCAUAGUGUUUAUAGAUUCCCUGUACAAUUUACACCAUCACAAAAUAUACCGGUCGGACUAUCAUAAGCUAUGUCCACAUCGAGACUUGACUCUUUGUGUUGAUUUUACCGUUUGCUAAAAAGAGACUGAAACACAUUCGGUUUCUUUUUUUAUCUCGGUGUGGACAUGGCUAAAUAUAUGUUUCUCUCGUGUCUAUUAUGUGAACCCAGCCUUAUUGAGAAAGCAUUUUAUCAUAACUGCUUAGUGAAACCUCUGUGUUUUCAGUAAUAUUGAUAUCCAAAAUUGCAUAAUUAAUUGAAGAUAAUGGAAUUGAUGAAACGUAUUAUGCUCGAAAGAUAAUUCGAUUCUAUUGAUAAGUAUAGGAAUCUCGAUGUCAUUUUAAACGAUAAUUUUAAUUGUAUUUUAAGAUUAUUGCAAACACCAAAUAUAGCAAUUCAGUAUGUUAAGGUAUUAAAUUGCCAUUAGAUACAUUAGGGAUCUUCUAUCUAAUUUAUGAGCGAUUAUGAUGGUUCCGUAUUUUUAUGUGGGUACUUAAUAUGGAUAAAAGAAGUCAUUCUUAUUUCUCACACUAUCAAAUGGUUGCUAUCACUAGUGUCACAUAUUAGUGUCUAAAAGAUAUAUUUAUGUAAAACGAAUUAUUAAUGAAACGGUUGCUCACAAUUAGUUUGAUUUUUAUUUUAUUAAUAUGUGUCUUUUAAAUGGACAUUAAGUUACAUUUUAAUGUUUUAUUUUUUAACAUGACUCUCAUAGUCCUUAUAAGGUGCUGUGACAGAAAAUAUUUUUAUUAUAAUAUUUCUCCAUGAUUUUCUAACUUCCUAAUAGCUCGAAACAAUGUAUAAUAAAAUAACAACAUAGCUCUUAUUUGAAGUCAACACGUUCGCGGACGCAUCACGGCUAUAGCAGUAACCAUCAAACCCCUCGUGUCUCGCGGAGCGUUCUCGAACGUGUAAAGAUAUUUUUAGUUUUUUAACAGUUACAUUUUUUAUAACUUAAAUUGUACAGUUGUCUUUAAAAGUUAUUAUUGAACAUUCUACAUUCUCACUCGAGUUCAUACAUCUUCGCAAUAUUUGUUCUUCGCGUCUAUGAUUAGAUACAUAACAUACAUUAUGUAUUCAUAAUAUAAUAUACAUAGUUUGUUCGUAAAUGUGUUUGUCUAUUCAUUAAAGCUCACAAAUACGUGUCGAAGAAGCGUUCUUGUUGGUAUUUUCAAUUUUCAACCAAUUCGCUUUUCACGCCUCCGCAUUAGGCGUUUUUAAUAAAUAUUUACAUCGAUCGGUACGUAUACGAAAUUUGUUUACCUUCGCUUAUCAUUUAUAUAAAUUUAACACUUAAAUUGAUCAUUCUGAUCAGAUUCCAAUCAACCACUAUUUCAAUAUCAAUUGUCAAUUUUAAUUUAUUUAUAGUAAUACUUUUAGCUUAAUUGUCUAUUAUGAAAAAAAUUAAGUCAUAACCUAUAUUGAUAGUCAUAUUUAAAAUUAGUAACAUUGUGUGUUUGGUCUAUGACAUAUUAUUUAAAACAAAAAAAAAAGUUAUUCUGGUUUAGUUCGAGUUGAUAAUUACAUUUAUUUCGAACAAAAAUAUUUAACCAUGCUUUCAAAAUAAGAAGUAGAUAAGUUUUGUGUGCGACUGUCCGUCUAUUUAUGAAUGGUAAUUGUUUAACAAGAUUAAGGUUAGAAUACUCUUGUAAUAAAUUGUCAUCAUUGUCAGUGCUCAUUGUUUGUGAUUUUUUUAUAAUUCUCGAAGUUUGGUCAGUUUCUGUAAGUAAUUUUAAGUGACUGGGUUACGUGUAACAUUAAAAAUCAUGUGGUCAUGAUUAUGAUUGAGAAAAACCUUCUAUUAACACUAUACUUAAUAAUAUUCUAUUUCCUUUUUACUAUUCCGUGCUAUCAUCACCUUUAUUUUGACAAAAUCAAGUCCAAGAUCCUUAAUCAACUUUUGUCAUAUGAUUUUAGCUAAACAUUUCUGCUUAGUCUCUUGAUGCCUCAAAACAAUUAGCUCUGAACACCUAAAUAAGUUUUCACGUUAAAAACGUAUGUCAACUAUGUUACUAUAUGAAACGAUGAUAUUAUUUUAUGUCACUUAUAAUAAACGACUUGAAAGAUAUAAGGGUUAAUCUUGACUUCUACUUAUAGAUUUAACUUUUUUUUUCAUUGGUCACGUUACUAACCACCGAUCACACUUAGAGAAUAGACUGAUUUUGCUAAUUUAUUUACGAAUUACGUACCAAAAUUGAGAUUUUAUGUAAACUAACCAUAUAAGAACUUUUUCAUGUGAAAGAUUUGUUUACUUUUUUAUAGUGGUUAUCUAACAUUAUAAAUUAAUUACAUUGUUAAUACUAAAAUUGUGUGUCAUAAAUUUUAACUUAUUAACUUAGUGUCAAAGGCAUAACAACGGCAAAUUUAUUCAAACUUAAAAGAAAAUAAAAUUUAAGACUUAUGUGACUGGAAAUGCCUAAUACCUACAAUGUUAUUAUUAUGAUUCAUAUUAAUUUAGUCAAUGCACUUUGCGUGAAUCAGGACAAGUGAAAAUGGACGUACUAAAAUAUUUGAAAGAAAUUAUCGACCGGUCAAUAAUGAAAACCGUAAAUAAAUUGUCCUAAUAAUAUACUUGUAUAUCACGUCUUGACAGCAAAAUAAAAUAUUCUUUUGAGAAAUAUUGAAGAAAAAAUAAAUACACAAUACACAAUAUUUAUAUUAUAACUCUAAAUGAUCGAUAUUAUACUUCUAUUUAAAUAUAUAUGUAGUGUUUUAGUAUUUAUAAUGACAAUCAAAUAUAUAUUUGCAGUUGUCUCCUAUUGCUAUUCGCAGCAAUCUCCUAACACAUAAAUAGUUUUAAAUAUUUCACAUAUUAGGUCACAGUGUAGAAUUUAGACAUUUAUGUAAGAAGAAGCAAUAAUGAUAAUGGCCAAAAGACGUUUGUGUCAAAUAGUUCAUUAUUUAACAAGAGUCAUGUAAUUAUGCACUAAGUAAAUAGAUGCGUAUAUCUUUGUAAUCAUACUACCAUUAACUUGUAUUGGUUCCGUCUAAAUUAUAUCUUCUUAGAAUGUGUAUGUAUGUAAGUAGUUAUGCAUUUUUUGGGUUUGUCAAGAUGAUUCUUCUAAUUAUACAAUUCAAUAUGUUACAUUGAAAACCGGUUUGUUUCGACGCGUGUUCUCUAGUUUUUACUAAAAGUAUUUGUUGAAAUUGCUACAUCUACAGGGUGGAAUUUAAACCUGAACUCUUUAUGGUGAAAACCAUGUUCGUUUAAAGAGUUUUUAAUGAUUUUGUUUCAUAAAACGUGAGUAUCAAUAAUAAUAUAGUAAGUAAUUUUUUCAAGUUUUGCGAAUUAGUUUCCCGAGUGAAUUUGAUAUUUGAAAAUCUUUAACUGCAAUAAUUUACAGAUUGUCGGGAUUUUGGUGAUUGCCAGAUUUCAGGUGAGAUUAAAAAUUUCCAUCAUGUAGAUUUUCGACAGGUAUCUGUCAUUGUCAUUUUAUUAUAGACUAUAUAAUUACGGAACCAAUACCUUAGAAGUAUUGUUGUUAAACUAUGGUGCCUUAUUUUAACGUGUCCGCCCAUUAGAAACGGUUGUUAUGCGUGUUGUAUUUAUUGUAUACUGCUGUAGUGUUGUAAUGUGUGUAUAAUAUAUAUUUACUAAAUCUGCACAUUGAUUAUGUACAUUUAAUAUUUUAUUGCACUAGAAACAACUUACUCCGACUAAACUGAUGCCGAUUACUUAAAAUGUCCUGAAAAGGGGAUUUAUUUUUAUUGAGAUGAUGAUUUCAAAAAAAUAUGGCGAAAGUUGUUGGUGUUAGUUCUAUAUAAAUUGACUGUCACCUAUUCCUCAAGCUAUUGGUACCAAAUUACAUAUGAACGACAGGUAGGUACAUAAUUUCAAUGACAAAAAAUGUAAGUUAGCGUGCAGAUUUGUAACAUUUUUAUUAGCUUGGUACUCGAAUUCCGGAUAUUAUAUAUUUAUUCAUAGAUCCAAUAAAGCAAAUUUUCAGCGCGGAAGUGAACGCCGGAUACUUGCGUGUUGACUUAAAUACUCAAUUACAGUGUUGCAAAUGUUUACGAUAGCUAAAUCGAUUGUUAAUUAAUAUCGGUGAUAUAAGGGUUUAAUAAAUUAUUAUCAAUAUCAAAA